AUUUCGAGAACACGGGACAGGAAGAGGUAAAAAAAAAAAAAAAAAAAAAAAAAAACAAGAUGGCAACGGGCAGUGAUCACGGGCUGAAAAGAAUAGUUUGGAAAAGAAUAAAAGAUACAAUUAUUACAGACUGCAGGAAAUCUGAAGUAUGGAAGGUAUUAAUUCUGGACCCCUUCACCACCAAGCUCCUCUCAUCAUGCUGCAAAAUGUCCGAUCUGAUGGCAGAGAAAAUAACAAUUGUGGAGGACCUGUUCAAAAGCAGAGAGCCUGUUCCAGAAAUGAAGGCCAUCUACUUCAUGUCACCAACCGCUAAGUGCGUGGAUGCCUUCAUUGCAGACUUCAAGACCAAACCUAAAUAUAAAGCAGCGUAUGUUUAUUUCACUGACUACUGUCCCGAUGACCUGUUCAACAACAUGAAGCUGUACUGUGCAAAGUACAUACGAGUCUGUAAGGAAAUAAACAUGUCCUUCAUGCCACAAGAGGCACAAGUGUUCACAUGUGAUAAUCCGGGGGCUUUCCAAAGCAUCUACAGUCCCAAAAGUCAGGACAAAAAAAAGACACUGGAGACCCUCUCAGACCAGCUUGUCACGCUCUGUGCCACAUUGGACGAGUACCCCGGGGUCAGAUACAAGAACAACAUGGUGAAUGCCAAGACCCUUGCUGAGCUGGUGGACAAAAAACUGGCCAAACACUACGAUCUGGAUGACAGCGGCAAGAAAAAGGAAAAGACCCAGGCCCAGCUGCUGAUAGUGGAGAGAGGUAUUGACCCCGUCAGCCCCAUCCUGCAUGAGCUGACCUACCAGGCCAUGGCUUACGACCUCGUUGAUAUCCAGAAUGACACCUACAAGUACAAGGCUAAAGAUGGCUCAGAGAAGCAGGCCUUGCUGAAUGAGGACGACAUGCUCUGGGUGAAGCUGAGGCACAAGCACAUUGCUGACGUCUCAGAACAAAUCCGCAAGUUGGUAAAGGAAAUAUCUGCUAGCAAGAAAGAAGGGAAGUCAGAUGGGAAGAUCACUAUUAGCAAUUUGGCCCAGAUGAUGAAGAAGAUGCCCGCAUUCCGUAAACAAGUCACUGAGAAAACUAUUCAUCUGCAGUUGGCCGAGGACUGCAUGCAACAUUUUGCAAAAGACGUGGAGAAACUCUGCAAAGCGGAACAGGACCUUGCAGUGGGAUUAGACGUGGAGGGGGUGAAGGUGAAAGAUCCCAUGAGGACCCUGCUGCCUGUGCUGCUCAACCCAUACAGCACCCACGACAAGAUCAGAGCUGUGCUGCUCUACAUCUUCAGCCUCAACGGAACAACUGACGAGAACUUAAGCAAACUCAUCCAGCAUGUUAAGAUCGAGGAUGAACGCGAAUUUAUCCUGAACUGGAAAGAACUGGGGGUCCCUAUCAUCACAUCGCCUAGUUUCUUCUCUCGCAAACCAACCAGACGGGAUCGUUCCCAGGAUCAGACUUACAACCUUUCCAGAUGGACUCCUGUUAUAAAAGAUGUGAUGGAGGAUGCCGUGGAGAACAAACUGGACACCACAGAGUGGCCACACCAGUCUGAGUGUCCUGCUGCCUGGAAUGGCUCAGGUGCUGUCAGUGCCCGUCAGAAACACAAAGCCAGCUCUCAGGACGACCGCCGGACCGGCUCACGCCUCAUCAUUUUUGUUGUAGGAGGAAUCAGCUACUCUGAGAUGCGCUGUGCCUAUGAGGUCACCCAGGCAGUGAAAUCCUGUGAGGUCAUCAUAGGGUCUUCCCACAUUUUGACCCCGACCGGUCUCCUGGAUGACAUCAAGGCUCUUAGCAAAGGCCCCAUGGAGACUUUUACAAUAGAGGAAAGGAGCAAUGCCUGAGAGGUGUCCAACUAACACCUCCCCAAAUUCCCCUGCCUCUCUACAUCUCAUAUCACUUAGAAAAGUGCACUAAACUCAACUUUCUGAAUGGAAGACUGAAGGGAAUUUACCUUAUACUUAUCUUUCUUUAUUCUUUUUUUGUCUUUUAUGCUCUUUUUCAAAACCUGGUGCACAUUUACAGUAGGCACAACGGCAAGUUCUUUUUUAACUUUAUCAAUAACUAAGAUUAUGGCCUGCUAAUGGCAUUUAUACUUUGCUAAAUGCCAUUUGAUUAUAAAGAUCAUAUUAAAAGUGAAUUGACCUCAUCCUACUAUAAACACUUUAAAACUGUCUAAUUUGCCUGUCUGCAUUGUGCAUAAAAAAGAUGUUAGUUAUGUUACAUGUUGACCUCUGCGAAACUUUCAGAGACAGAAUGGCGGUGGAAAGUAGCACAAAGCUAAUGUAUAUAAUUUUUGCAAGCACUGAGUCCCUGCUGUGUCGUUCUGACUUUUUCAGUCACACUUUAUGUAAUUUUGAGGAGUGUUUUUAACAUAAGAGUAUUUACGUUUUUCUUGAAAUGAAAAACUGACUAAUAAACAGAUCAAGUGGUUGAAA